CAUAUCAAACAGUGGAUCUAUAAACUGAAAUAAUUAUUUUUCGAAAGGAAACCGAGACAAUCAGCCACAAGUUCAGUCUACUAAAUUCUGACUAAACGGGAAAAGAAAUUCCGAUAACCGGAACGAUUCUUGUGGUAUUACUACCAUUUUUUUGUAAGUAUGGGGCUUCGCUGCGCGCAUGAAGCAUAAAUGAAUUUUUAGUUGUAUUAUCAGGAAAAUGAAUAACUCAAGUGUAGUGGUGCCAAGUUCUUCUGGCGGUGAACCGACAGAAAGUCUCCCUUUGAACGUGUCGAUUCAAAUCAUCCAGGCAGUCUUGUCAUCCUUGGUUUUGAUUUGUUCGUUAUUUGGCAACGUGUUGGUGAUCUGUGUUGUCAUGCAAAGCCUCCGCAUGCGCACUGUGACCAACUUCCUAAUUGUGAACAUGGCGUGCGCGGACAUUCUUUACACACUGGUUUCUUUUCCUCCACUUUUUGUCAUGAUUUUUAACGAAUACGAUUGGGCAAUGAGUCGCCGUGGGCUUGGCAUAUUCUUCUGUCAGGUGGUAAAUUUUGGUCAAUACAUGUUGGUUCCUGUUUCAGUCCUCACUCUAGCCGCUAUCGCUUUCGAUCGAUUCUUCGCCAUUUUGAUGCCACUAAGGCGUAUCAUCAACAAACGUGUCUUCCGCUGCAUCGUAAUUGUCAUCUGGGUGACUUCCGCCGCCGUAGCUGCGCCAUUGCUGUACGCAUUACAAGUUACUAUAGACAGCAAUGGCGGCUUGACCUGCAACGAAAAAUGGGCCCCACUCUUUGACGAGAAGACGGCGCACAGGGAUUACGCAUUGGUUUUAUUCUUUAUAAUGUUUUGUCUCCCAAUCUCCGUAAUGAUUGCCUUGUACUCAGUGAUUUGUCGUCAUUUGUGGUCCAUAAGGCCACCUGGAGAGAUGGAGCAAGAGGAAUCCAAGAACUUGAUUAAACGACGUAAUUCACGACGAAGUGUCGUGAAAAUGCUUAUUACCGUUGUUGCAGUUUUCAUCAUAUCCUGGUUACCACUGCAGAUUGCCAAUUUAAUAUUUUUCUUUCAGGAAGUUGAUAUUUCAGAGUCACUUUACUUCGCCUGUGAGAUUUUCAUGCGCGCCAGCUGCGCUUUCAAUCCAUUGGUUUACGCAGUUUUCAGUGAGAAUUACCGUCAGGGAUUUAAGAAGGUGUUUGCCCGAUGCUGUUGUUCAAAGAUUAAAGCUUUUGUUCCGCAAAGAGCUUUUAGUACUUCGUCUUCGCGCCAACAAACGGCACCUUCCUUAUUGAGGAGUGAUUACGCCUUAUCGAGGCGAGAAGGCGGCAAGAAAAGUUGUCGGGAAGUGAAAGAAGAGGAUCAAGAGGAACAUCAAAUUUGAAUUAAAUGAGUGUAAAAAUUUCUUCAUUGAUUUUGUAUCGUUACUGAAAAAGGUUUGAAACCACCUUAACUGAAAGUAAACGUUGACACCGUUGCCAGUUUGCCAGACACUGUUGACAAACUUAAGAGGAAAAACUUCUAUUUAGCUGACUUAAUAAACUAAGUGCGGCGGUUUAAUCUUCGAGUAAAUUUGCAACUAUUGCAUGUCCCUGCGGACGCAUACCGUAUUAUUCCCAUUGUUAUUGUAAUUAAUAUUACUGUUACAUUAUUAUUAUAAUGAUCACUAUUAUCAUUAUCUUUACAUUAUCAUUUUUAUGCUAUGGCCGUAAGGACCUCCCUUAAAUUUUGACUAGACCACUCCAGUUAAAAAUAUCUGAAAACGUAGACUAUCUGUCCAAGCGCUGGAAAGAAGGCGUCUGAUUAAAGUAACUAGACCCCCUAAAACUGUAAGUCCUUAGGACCUGAAUUGAAGCAUCAGGCACGUUCUGCGUCAACAGCCCUGCUCAAAAUUACAGCCCGGGAGAAUCGUCCAAAGCGAUCGGUUAUUACUCCUGGAUUUGAACCAUUUACUGUGUGAAGGUAUCUAUUACUAUUGCUAUUUACACCCGCCAAUAAUCGUUAUUACUAUCAUUUAUAUUUCCUCGUCAAUGAAAGACCAGCUGUACUGAAGUUCCUUGUCAAGUCUCGCUGUUGCUA